AUGACCAACAACACGACCAGCAACAGCAGCACCACCCCAGCUCAAACCCCGAAACCCAUCCCCACCGCCGCCACCACCAACUCCACCCAAUCCAACAAUACCACCGCUCAGCAACCCCAAAAAAUCACCCCAAACCUUACGACCUCGGGCCUGCACGACACCCCGCCCUCACCGUCGCCCGAGAACCAAACCGAGGACAAGAUCGACUGGACGCGGUCCUUCCACGGCCUGUCCGCCGAGCCGUUCCCCAAGGAAGCCGCCGACAUCCUCCUGGCGCCGACAGACCCGGAAGAGGUCGAGAUCAAGCCCGAUGGGAUCCUAUACCUACCGGAAAUCAAGUACCGGCGGAUUCUGAAUCGCGCGUUCGGGCCCGGUGGAUGGGGGCUUGUGCCGCGGAGUGAGAGUAUCGUUACGCCUAAGAUGGUGACCAGGGAGUAUGCGCUUGUUUGUCAUGGGCGGUUGGUUUCCGUCGCUCGCGGUGAACAGGAUUACUUUUCCCCGGAUGGCAUCCCCACCGCUACGGAGGGCUGUCGGUCUAACGCCCUGGUGCGGUGCUGCAAGGACUUGGGUAUCGCGAGUGAGCUCUGGGACCCGCGCUGGAUCCGCAAGUACAAGGCCCAGUACACCCGCGAGGCCUUCGUCGAACAUGUGGUCAACAAGCGCAAGUCCAAGAUCUGGGUGCGCAAGGGCGAUGAGGUCACCUACCCUUGGAAGGAGACUAAAUAA